AUGGGUUCAAUUCCACCAGCGGUACAAUUACAAUCAGUGGUUAAUUUGGUACAGCAAAAAGAUAUGCCACUCGCAAAGAUUCCAGUUUUCAUUUACUAUGCGGAUAUAAUUCUAAAAACCUACACUGCUCCAUCUUUUAUCACCGGUGAAGAAACAUGUAAUGAUGUACCAAGUCUUUCAGUAGACACAUAUGUCAUUGUUAAUACUGAAGAAAAUAGUCCAAAUACAGGUGAACCAGUUAUUGUUAUGUUUCCAUUCAAUUCUACUCUACAUUGA